AUGGACAGUUAUCUCUCUACAAAAUUGGACUCUAAUGUUUCAGAAACUCAGACAUCCAAAAGAAGGAAGGUAGUUGAGAAGACUGUUGUUAGAGUGAGGAUUGGAGAAAAUGCUGGGAAAUUAAAGAAUGAAGGGCCACCUUCUGAUUUCUGGUCUUGGAGGAAAUAUGGGCAAAAACCUAUUAAAGGAUCUCCUUAUCCAAGGGGCUAUUACAGAUGCAGUACGUCAAAGGGCUGUUCAGCCAAAAAACAAGUGGAGAGGUGCAGGACAGAUGCUUCAGUACUCAUCAUUACUUAUACCUCGAAUCACAACCAUCCAGGUCCUGAUCUCCAUGACUCCAACCUAAACCAGCAACCAAAAGAUCCCGAAACCCCACCGACUGAUCAUGUAGAUCAUCCCAUAACUCUCAAACAAGAAAAACCAGAGGAAGAAACAGAAGAAAGACAUAACCAUCCCAUUAUGCCAAGCACCAAUGAAGAUGUCGGCGAAGGUCACAAUUUUCACUACUUACAAUCCCCAAUAAGAAUCUCUCAAGAUAUCAUGAUUAGCCAAGAAGAUCCUUUCACUGAGAACUCAGAGAAAAGUCAUGACACCUUGGGUAUUGUCUUGGAUGAAGAACCCCUCAGUUGCUCCAGACCGAUGACAUUUUCAGCACCCAAAUCAGAAGAGAAUAAUGACUUCUUUGACGAACUAGAAGAGCUACCCACAUCUUCAUCUUUCACUAGCUUCAUGAGGGGCAAUUUUUUCGAUGAAAGGAUUCCUGUUGUCCCUUCUUGA